AUGAAGGAUACGAAGGACAAAGUGGUAACAGGGGUAAAAGACACCAAGGAUAAAAUUGGCGAUAAAGUUUCUGAAGCUACACAAAAAGUAUCCGAUACUAGCAAAACUGCCGGCGAAAAGGUAACAGACAGUAUCAAACAAAUUGGAACAGUUGCAGGUGCUACCGUUUACCAAGUAGCAGAUGGUGCAAAAGCAGCGAAGGAUAAAGUGACGACCGAUGUAAAGGAUGUUAAAGAUAAAGUAGCAAUUGAUGUAAAGGAUAUUAAAGACAAAACUGCUGCGACUGCAAAAGAUACUAAAGACAAAAUUGCUGAGAAAGUAGUUGAGAGUGCGCAAAAGGUCUCAGACGCUGGCAAAGCUGUCGGAUAUAAAGUUGCAGAUGACGCAGAAAAAGCUAAGGAUAAAGUUGAAGCAGUUGCUUAUGAAAUAGCAAUUGAGACGAAAGAAGUAAAAGGGAAAGUGUCUAAAGAAGUUCGCGAUGACGCUGAAACUGUGAAACAGAAAGUAUCAGGAGCAGUAGAUACAGUAGCAGAUACUGUACCAGCUGCCAAAGACAAAGUUGUUAAGGAAGCAAAGAAAGCUAAAGAAAAAGGUAGCGGUUUCCUUUCUGGAUUGUUCAAGGGAACAAAACACACUGCGGAUGAAAUUUCUGGAGACGUUAAGGACUUCCUCGAAGAAACGAAGAGGGAAUCGUCUGAAGAAAAAGCUCUUGCACACGCAGCAAUGGAAAAGAAGAUCGAAGAUAUGGCUGGAACAAAAGAUAGUGCAGUUACUGGAAUUAAACACACAACAGACAAAAUCGUGACCUCCGUCAAAGACACAAAAGAUGAUGUUGGGGCGAAAAUUGCUGGUGGCUUGCAAAAAGUAUCAGAUGCUGGUGCAGCUAUUGGUGAUAAAACAGCAGCAGCAACUCACGAAGUAACGGAUGAAGCUAAAUUAGUGAAAGACAAAGUAGCUUCAGACUUGAAGGAUGCUAAGGAGACAGUAGCAACCACUGCAAAAGACACAAAAGAUAAAAUCACAGAGAAAGUAUCAGAGGGAAUACGAAAUGUAUCAGAUACUACCAAGGUCAUUGGCGAGAAAAUUAUUGAUGGGGUACAAAAAGUUGAAGAUAAAACGGCCACUGUUGCUCACGGUAUUGCUGAUGGCGCAAAGGCAGCAAAAGACAAAGCUGCUAAAGAAGUCAAGGAAGACGCUGAAGCAGUAAAGCAAAAGGCAUCAUCUGGUAUAGAUGCAGUCGUAGAAAGUACAGAGGCAGCAAAGGACAAGGCUGCGAAAGAAGCUAAAAAAGCCAAGGAGAAGACUGGCGGUUUCUUUUCUGGUUUAUUUAAGGGUGUAAAACAUGCAGCAGAUGAAAUGUCCGAAGAUGUCAAAGAAUUUGUGGAUGAAACGAAGAAAGAAGCUGUCGAGGAGGAAACCCGUGCUCGUGAAGCAGCAGCGGAGAAAUUAAAAGAUAUUGACGCAGCGAAAGAUAAAGCAGCUGCAGGAUUAAGAGACGCAAAAGAUAAGGUUACAACUGCUGCGAAGGAUACCAAGGACACAGUGUUUGCUAAAUUAUCACAUAGCACGCAAAAGAUAUCAGACGUAGGCCACGCUACUGGUGAAAAAGUAGCUGAUGGAGUGAAACAGGCUGAGGAGAAAACCGAAAGUGCAGCUCGAGAAAUAGUCGAUGCCACAAAGGAGAUGAAGGAUAAAGUAGCAGCGGAUCUGAAAGAUGCUAAAGAUAAAACUGCUGCAGCCGCAAAGGACGCUAAAGAUAAAAUUUCUGAGAAGGUAGUUGGGGGUGCACAAAUGGUAGCGGACUCCGGUAAAACUGUUGCAGACAAAGUUACAGGUGGAGUAGGAAAAGUCAAGGAUAAAGUUGAGAUAGUCGGUCAUGAAAUAGCAACUGAGACGAAACAAAUGAAAGACAAAGUAUCUAAGGAAAUUCAAGACGACGCUGAAGCAGUAAAACAGAAAGUUUCAUCAGGAGCAACUGCAAUUGUAGAUGAAACUGCCGCGACAAAAGACAAAGCAGCCAAAGAAGCUAAGAAAGCUAAAGAAAAGGGUAGCGGUUUUCUAACUGGAUUGUUUAAGA